AUGAAUCGUGCACUCUUGUUCGUCAUUCUUGUCUCCAUGCUUGCCGCUCAAACCGUAGCUCAAUGGGGUCCAUAUGGAUAUGGAUACCCUUAUGGCUACGGUCGUAGAUGGGGAUAUGGAGGAUACGGUAACUAUGGUUAUAACAGAAACCCCGUUGCUAGCGCUCUACGAGGAGCAGUGAUCGGCGGCAUGAUGGGUGCCAUGAUGGGAUGA